AUGGCAUUCGAUAGGUGGGAGGAAAUAUCGAAUUUGAAGUUUGAAAAUGUGCAAAACCCUUACAGGAAAAAGCCUGAUAUUACCAUAACUGUUAUUCGAAAAAAUCACAAUUUCCGAGCAGACUGCCAAGGCACUUCCAAGUGUCCACAUAAUUUCGACGGCCCUGGAAAAGUUUUAGCUCAUGCAUAUUUCCCAAAUGAAAACAACAAAUGUGUCGAGAUUCAUCUUGAUGCAGAAGAAAAAUGGUAUCUUGGAAAUAGUACUUCUCCUGAUGGCCAAACUAAUUUAUUGAUGGUCCUGAUUCACGAAAUUGGCCAUGCUCUUGGGCUGGGCCACAGUGGCGUCAAUACAGCUAUUAUGUAUCCUUGGUAUCAAGCAAGUCCAGCAUCAUUCGAUAUAGAUGAUAAGAGGGCGAUAGAAUAUUUGUAUGGGCAGAAAACUGAAAACUAUCAACCAACAACAACCUCAACAACACAGACAACCGAAUCCCAAAAACCAAUAUCCCAGCACACCUCUACCACAGCUUCAUCAGUGUCGUCAAAUGAGCCCCAUAACGUAGACGUUACUAGCACAACCUCAAAGCCUCAGAUAACUCCAACAAGAUUAUGCGACAUUCAAGUGCCAGACUUUAUGUUUCUAGCCACAGCACCCCAGUUUCAAAAUUAUCGCAUGUACGUGGGAUACAAUAGAUUUUUGUGGAAGUUCGAUUUGAACGAUAUGCGAAUUCCACCACAGCCAGAGCUGCUUGAUGAUUAUCUUCCUGAAGAUUUAAAGUCUUCUCGAGUUUCACAUGUUUUCCAAAAUUCUGAUAUACUUGGAACACCCUUCGUCCUGAAAGCCGAAAACAUCGGCCAAGCAUCGAAACAUGAAACAGUUGAUGGGGGUGGGAUCAAUCUACCAUCUAUCGAUCUCAGGCCACCAGAAUAUGCAGUCGUCGCCUCCUACUUCUACGUCAAGAAUCACCCAACCAACGGCGACUGGUGUUUACACAGUCCUCCGAAAUUCAAAGCGAUAUCCGUUUCCACUCCACUGCACGCUCAAGGCCAACCACGGUCCGGGUCGAUGCGAACAGCUGCAGGUCCUUUCAGACCCCUUCGAAGGCCCACAUCGUCUCACGCUCAAGACCACCCACGUCCAAGGUCGCUGACGUCACUGCGGCGACGGUGCGGUGCAGUCACAUGCUCAAGACCACCCACGUUCGAGGUUGCUGCAUCGCUGCGGCGGGUCUUUUCAGACCCCUUCGAAGGCCCACAUCGUCUCACGCUCAAGACCACCCACGUCCAAGGUCACUGA